AUGCUGUUUCUGCUAAUUCCAUUGCUAGCAGUUCUCCUGGCAGGUGGUCACAAUGAAGAGGCCUUCCAGGACCAUAUCUUUAGAGCCAUCUAUAGUCUAUCCUUAUACAACCAUUCCUCGAUACAAAAUUGGGCCUCUGGUUGGUUGGAUGAGUUGCAGACUUUUAGAUGGAAGAGCGACUCUGGCAGUACUUUCCUGCAGCCUUGGUUCCAGGGCAACUUCAGCCACAAAGAUGUAACACAACCUGAAGAGGCAUUCCACAGACUCCACGCUAAAUUAUUGCAUUUACUUCGCAACCAUGCCAGUCAAUGGAUGCUUGAAUAUCCCUUUGAGAUACAGGCAACAGUAGGCUGUGAACUGCAUUCUGGGGAAGUCAAGAUAGACCCUUGUCAAUUUGCUUAUCAAGGAUCAGAUCUCCUAAGCUUCCAGAACACCACAUGGGUGCCAUCUCCAAAGGGUGGAAUUAGAGCUCAGCAGAUGUGUGCACUACUCAAUCAGUACACUAUCAUCAACAAAAUAAAGCACAGGAUCAUCAGUGUCGACUGCCCACGUUAUCUCUUAAGUGUCCUUGAUACAGGGAAGGCAGUUCUCCAGAGAAAAGUAAAACCAGAGGCCUGGCUGUCCAUUGGCCCCAAUCCUGAUCCUGACCAUCUGUUGCUGAUUUGUCACGUCUCUGGCUUCUACCCAAAGCCAAUUUCAGUUAUGUGGAUGUACGGUGAACAGUCAGAACAGGGCUCUCAACAAAGUGGUAUCUUGCCCAAUGCUGAUGGGACAUGGUAUCUUCAGAUUUUCUUGGACGUAAAAGCCACCAACACAUCUGGCCUAUCCUGCCGGGUGAGACACAGCAGCCUAGAAGGCCAGGACAUCAUCCUCUACUUGGAACGUCCUAAUUCCAAGAGCUUGGUCAUCUUGGCAGUGAUGGUACCCCUGGUGCUUCUUCUGACAGGUCUUGCAUUUUGGCUUAAAAAGCGCUGGACACACUGUGAAUUUUCCAAUUUUCUCCCUUUGGAAUGA